AUGUCGGCCGUCGAUAAUACCAUCGCCAUGGACAAGGUCAAAGGCUCAGCCUCGUCCCAGAUCGACGACAAUGUGUCGUCGGCUGAGGGCCAGAUUGGCCUUUCCAGCGAGAUUUACCAACAGAGGCCCGAAUCGCUUCGGAACCUGAGCGAGACUGAGUUCAAUGCCUUGAACAAGAGGCUCGUCCGCAAGAUGGAUCUCAUCAUCCUGCCUCUGAUUGGUAUACUCUACAUUUUGAACUACAUUGACAGACAGAACCUCGCUGCUGCCAAGCUCCAGGGCAUCAUGGAGGAUCUCGACAUGACGACUCAACAGUUUGCCACGGCCGUUUCGAUCCUCUUUGUUGGCUACCUGCCAUUUCAAAUUCCUAGCAACCUCUUGAUCACCAAGAUCUCACGACCGGGCAUGUAUAUCUGUUGCGCAGUGGUUAUUUGGGGUGCCAUUUCGGCCGCAACGGCGACGGUCAAGACGUACGGGCAACUGCUGGCUGUGCGUGCCAUUCUCGGAGUCGCCGAGGCCGUCUUCUUCCCUGGUGCCAUCUACUACCUCUCUGCUUGGUACACGAAGAAGGAGCUCGGAAAGCGUAUUGCUGCACUUUACAUUGCACAGCAGGUUGGCAAUGCCUUUGGUGGUCUCUUUGCCGCAGCUAUCCUCAAGCUGAACGGACAGCAUGGCAUCGCCGGUUGGCAGUGGCUCUUCAUCAUCGAGGGCAGCGCCACCGUCGGCAUCGGGUUUGUCUGUGCGUGCUUCAUGCCCGAGUUCCCUCACAACAGUCGCAUUCUGUCUCAGAUCGAGCGUGACUUGGCCGUCUGGCGUAUCGAGUCAGAGGCUGGUGCCGCUGAAGGUCACGAGCAGGAAAGCGUCCUCAAGGGUUUCGUCAAGGCCUUGUCGGACAUUAAGCUCAUCCUCCUCAUCCUUUGCAACUUGCUUUCUCAGGCUCAGGGUUCCAUUGCCAACUACUUUCCCACUCUGGUUUCAGCGCUCGGUUUCAACAGCACCAUCACCCUGCUGCUCACAGCACCUCCCUACGUUCUGGCCGGCGGCGUCUACUAUGUCAUCAUGUUCUACUCUGACCGCAAGAACACCGUGUACCCCCUGAUUCUCAUGUGUCUGUCCAUCUCCAUCAUCAUGUACAUCAUCCCCAUGAGCACCACCAACGUGGGCGCGCGCUACUUUUCCAUGAUGAUCCUGCCCUUUGCCUCGGUAGGACCGCAGCUCCUGCUCUACAAGACCAUCAACCUGCACCUCGCCCGGCCCGUCUCCAAGCGCGCCGCCGCCUCGGCCCUCGUCAACGCCCUCGGUGGCACCUCCAACAUUUGGGCCUCGUACCUCUACUACGCGCCCCCGCACUUUUUUGCCGCCUUUGGCACCCUCAUGGCCUGCGCCGUGCUCUUCAUGGCCACCAUUACCUUUUACCGCUGGGUCGUCCACCGCGAGAACAAGCGCCUCGAUUCGGGCGACUCGGAGCUCAUUGCCAAGGUUAUCAAGGGUGGUGUCACGCAGGAAAUGGUGGAUAUGGACUGGCGCUAUGAAAUGUACUAG